CACACAAGUCGCUCACUUUCAGAAAAGCAUACUUGGACGGCAAGCCCAAUGAACUACAACUUGUACCAUUUCAGCUCGGUAUAAAACCACAUUCCGGACGUUGUCGGCUAUGUGAAGUUCUUUCGAAGAAUAUUGUAAGUGUGGACGGGAAAUGUGUUGGAUAUAAUUACGUGCAACUGUUGAUUAUUUUAAGCUUUUUCGUCCAACAAUUGGGUGACAAGAUACGGGAGGAAAUUCACCUUGCUUUGUGAUAUGAAAUACAAGUUGACGCGAGGACCGACAGGAAAUACCAUUGGCAAUCCAUCAACUGUAUGGGCGGAUCUCCACGAUCUCUGGAAUAUAAAGAGAGAGAAACUUAUACAGAAUUGAGCUGAAGAUGUCCUAAUGCGCGAAAGAACCAACAAGUUACAUAGUUUGCCGUGUGGAUGUGUAUGAACCAGUGCUCUUCUUGCUGCUAAGUAAAAGGUUGGCUUCUUCAAACGAAAGAAGUCACUGGAAAUCUGAGCGACUGUUGGUUAGGAAGUGUCGACGGUUUUAUUUAUGUUCCUUUAAUACCAGCAUUUUGAUCAAAAUACCACUGAAAACUUUGCAACAUCGUCAAACUUGAACCUUUACGCCAUGACCCUUUGUCGGCAGUGCAGUUGCGUGGGCUCAUCUCUCAGUCUGGCUGUGUUUAUGACACUGUUUGGCAGAGUCUGUCUCAUGAGUAUGCCCCCUCCGCCAGUCGGGAGUUGGAACCGAGCCCCUGUCUCGCUGGUUGACAACGGUUAUAGAGGCAUCGUCUUAGCAAUUGCUGAAGGCGUUCCGGAAGACUUCGAUCUUGUAGAGGAAAUUAAGGUUAUGUUUACAGAGGCCUCAGCAUUCCUUUACGAAGCGAGUGAUCACCGAGUGUACUUCCAUGAUAUUACUAUCCUCCUCCCGCAGUCCUGGGCCGACGAUCCCUCUUACCUCCCAGCAAUGUUUGAAAGCUUCUACACUGCUAAUAUACUCGUAAAUACUGCGGCCAAUCGCUACAUACCAGCUCAGCCAUUUGUUAAGCAACCAGGAAUGUGCGGCGAGGAAGGGUCCUAUCUUCAUCUAACGAAGGAGCUCAUUAGGCAGGGGAACCAGGGGCCAUGGGGAAAUCUCAGUCGAGUUUUGGUGCACGAGUGGGGACACCUUCGUUGGGGUCUGUUUGAUGAGUACCCAAGCAGAUCGAAUGAUCAUCAUUUUUAUCUCACCAACACCGGAAGUGUGGAACCUACCAGAUGUUCAAAAGCCGUGACUGGAGAUGUUUUGCCAUACCUGCAACAAAGGCCGACAUUUGGGGAACCUGCAGCUGAUAUCCAGUGUGAGAUUUGGGACAACGUGGGACACCUACCGGACCAUAGGUGCCGAUUUCAACCACAUGGCGUUCAGGCUCAAGGCGCAUCGGGCUCACUCAUGUAUGCACACUACGUUGACCAGAUUACGGGAUUUUGCCAUAGCAAUGUUAGCGGUGACGUGAGAUCCCUGCAUAACCCCGAAGCUCCAAACCGUCACAACACUCUGUGCAACAGUCGAAGUGCCUGGGAUGUUAUGCUGGCUACAGAGGACUUCGCUAAUGGUGCUAACCCAACUCGAACGGUCGCUUCCACACUUCCCCAGUUCACAGUUAAGCGGGUGAAGAAGAUGAGGGUAGUUUUGGUUCUGGAUGCGUCUAAAAGCAUGAAUGAUAACAGAAAGUUUCAAAAGCUCCUCCGAGCAAGCGCUUAUUACUUGACUGAUGUUCUGCCUAUGGAUACCUGGGUGGCUUUGGUAGCAUUUAAUGCCUCUGCAUCAAUUUUGGCGCCACUCACAAAAAUAAGAUACAAGAGUAGCCGGCAGAAACUGGUGGACAAACUACCUAACGUUGCUGAUGGCAAUUCUAGUAUUGGAGCGGGAAUUUUGAAAGCACUGACGGCAUUGUCAACUAACGGCGAGUCUCCUGCAGGAGGCGUGGUUCUUGUGAUGAGUGACGGUUUAGAGGACACGGCACCCUUUUUUAGUGAGGUCUUUGAAGGUGUUCGAAAUCAAGGAGUAGAUGUGGACGCUUUGGCCUACAGUACGAAUGUGGAUGAGAACUUUCACCUACCCAGCGAGGGUGGCGGUGGCUCUUUCUUCAUUCCUUUUGCCGAGAACGACACCAUAGCAACCGAGAAACCUACGACCAUGCAAAUGGAAGACGAAGAGUUUCAAGACUGGGAAAGGUUUAUAACGAUUGUCCGGCGAUCGGAAAUGUUACGCGGAAAUGGCAAUGGUACUAACAACGUGCAUAUUGACAACACUGUGGGUUAUGAGACCAUUUUCCGAUUCAUUUGGGAGAUUGGGCAGGCAACGGCGGUUGUGCGGACACCUGAAGGAUUCAUAUUGGACCCUGGAAGGCCAGAGUACUCCGUGGACACGGAUGGUCGGCAAAUCGAAAUUCGAAUUACAGGAAUUGCACAGACUGGAACCUGGUUUUACGACAUUCAAAACAUGAAUAUGCAGCCUCAAACGAUGCGGGCUCACGUGUACUCCAAGCCCUCUGAUCCUGUAGUACCACCCCUUCGAGCCAAGGGCAUUAUCAGAAAAACUCAGGUAAAUUUUACAGCGGAACAAAGAGUAAUCAUAUACUGCGAGGUUACGCAGGGCGAGCUCCCUGUCAUUAGGGCGGAGGUAAAGGCGUUGGUCGAACGGCCCGGGGAUGGUGCUUUUUCGGAAUCUAUUGUCGUGGAACUAUUUGAUCUUGGAACGGGUGCAGAUACUGAAAAGGAUGAUGGCAUAUAUUCAGCCUAUUUUAUAAGUUUCACCGGUGACGGAAUUUACAAGGUUACAUUCGAGGUAGAAAACAAGGCUGUAGGUCAAGCAAAGAAGAUAACCUUUCCGCAGACGUUAGGAGGAGUGAUGCCACAGAAUUGGAAUAACACAAAAGAACCAGUGUUAGUAGAUGUAGACGCCUUCAUGAGAGCCACUCAACCCGUAGAAUUCACUGUAGUCUCAGCACCAGAUCCCGACAAGAUGAACGAGGUGGAUAUGUUUCCGCCAGCACGGGUUAACGAUCUGAGAGUGGCGAGUUUCUCGAGGUAUGAAGGAAGACUGACGCUGCAAUGGACGGCACCAGGAGACGAUUUUGAUAUCGGGACAGCGGCAGAGUAUGACCUCAGGUACAGCCACAGCUUCAAUGAACUUUUCUCAGACUUUAGCAACGCCAAAGAGAUCGAUGUUAGUGACAUCAUAUCCGGUGACCUUUCAGCGCCGCAAGAAAGCGGGUCUGAAGAAAUGCUGGUCUUGAAAAUACCCACCAUGCUCUCAGUGGACCCCAAGGAUCUCAUGCUAUUUCUGGCUUUCCGUAUCCGAGCAAUUGAUGACUCUGAGCUUGCUGGCGAAACAUCCAACAUUGCUACUGUCGUUGUUGACUAUGGUGCCAGUCCCACCACCACCCUGAUGAUGUCCACACUCGCAACCCAACUUAUUUCAUCAACGCCAACAAUAUCUACUUUAUCAACCAGCGCAUCAAGCAUCACCACUUGCGCAUCAUCUACUAAAACUAACAACUACUGGACGGUCCUUGGUAAGAAUAUGGCCAUUGUGCUCGGUGUUGCUGUCAUACUGAUGGCAAUUUCGAUUAUUGUGUUAAUUGUCGCUUGCACAACCAAGAGAAGGAAUCAAAGAAACUAUGUCGACGGUCAGGUUGUAUCCCAUACGAAGGCCCGACCUACUACUGACAGGGUUAGUGACGCUUGGGUGCUGGAGGAGAUUUAAACCUUUGAUUAAAGAUGAAAGUAGUCCGUCUGUGUUAAAAGUGUACAAUAUUUCGCGGGUAGUUAGGUUUCGAGGAAAUAUAGGUUUGUGCACAUAUGGAAAUAUACUCUAAAAUACACGUACGUCCGAAGUAAAAUACAUUUAUCAUAAUUUCAAGCUGAAGGUGUUGAGCAUCUAAUAAUUCAUUACGCGUACAUUUCGCUUCCGUGCACUCUUUUUGAAGAUCACAAGAAUAUAGUUAGCCGUUGUCCUCCAAGCUGAGGACAGAAUCGAAGGGGUUGUCAUGACGUUUAAAAUCAUUUGUUGUCUUGUAAAUUGUAGCGUUAUUACAUUUUGUGAUGCAUUUACAGAAGUUUCGUCGGCGUCGGCUAUAUUGUUAACUGGUGGUCGCCAUGACAACUGUUAUGCAUAAAAACGAAUUAGGCCCAUGCGCACGAUCGAAUUAUUUGAAAACUGUUAAAGUAUUGUUUUAAAAAAAUAUAUAACCUUACUUGGAUGUGAGGCUUUGGUAAGACUCUCCCGUGUAAUUUUGGAAAUCAUGAAUUCAAGGAAUUUUCACGAUCAGUAUCAAUUCCAUAGAGGCUUAUUCUUGUUUGGAUGUGUAUUCCAUAGUGGCUAAGAAUCAUAUGUAGAGUCUACUUGGUCCAUUUUAUUGUAACUUUGCAUUAGGGACACGUGUGAUUUUAGAACAUCUAACAAAAGCGUAAUAUACCUUUACUCGGUAUUGAUUUGAUAAAAGAGUCGCUUUCCACGCCUGGUUCCCAGGAACUCUUAUUUCAAGACGCCAGAGACCAUCAUAUCUUUCCUUGCAGAAACAAGUUCUUGGUCAUCAUCCAGCUUGUGCAAUUAAUUAAACUUGUAUAUUAUAUAGAAAUAUUAUAUAUGCUUUAUUUUCCUUUUACUUUUGUCCACUCUAAAAGUUUAUCCUGUUAUAUCGAUUUGCCACUAACAUUUUUGUGUAUUUCAUACACAGACAAAUCUUGAUCAAUGCAACUGCAUGUGAUGUUAGAAACAAUGAUCAAGCAAGGCACUAUGCUGUAUGAUUAAUACAUAUUCUAGCCACGUCACUUUCUUAUUUUGAAAAGAGUUUGAAUUAAACGUAACUCAUUAAUAUAAUUUCUGCCUUGAUUGCAUUAAUUUCAGAAACGUAAUACAGUCCAAACAAAGCACCUGUAUUACCUACAGAUUUGUAACAUUAAAAUUCAGGGUAAUACCUGUUUAGUUUACUAGCCAAGGCUGCUGACACAUAAAAGUGAAAUUGAUUAUUGUCCUCAUGAUCUGUUAUUAUUGUUAUUUGCAUAGUAUUUUUUUUCAAAUAAAUGUAUUGAAUGAAAAGAGCUUCCUCUUUGUGCCUUAGCCCAGAGUGAAACAAAAUUAUUCCUAAUUGCGACUUGCGACAAAUUAUCCAUGCACUUUAAAGAUCUCUUAAGCCUCGAGGGAGUAGUGUAUGUUGUAUUCUUUAGACUAAUCCAAACUAAGUUUUACUUCACUUUACAUUGGUGAAAAGCACUCUUAUCUUUCAUUUUGUCCAAAGUUCAUCUAAAAGAUGAUAAAGAGUGUACUUUUAUCUGAAGCUCGACUUGGAUAUCAGGCAAAGGUGAGAGCAGUGACCUACGAAUUUAUAUAAUCAUUCACUGAAACCGUGUAACGUUCGACCUAGCCCAACCUGUUUUUAAUGAUGCAUUCGUGGUUCACCUCGUAAGGAUUAAUAGGCACUAUCCAAAAGGCAGCAGUUGGUCUGUAAUUAUAAACGUUAACUCAAAUCACCGUAAGCUAAUAGAUUGGCGGCUAUUGAAGCUUAUAUACAUACACAUCUCCAGCUUGAAAAAGAUGGGAAACUUUACAUCUAACAACCCCAAUUACUCGGUGCUCAACUUAACCCAAGUAAGUACGAAAAUUUCUGUCGUUCUUCCGACAAAGAAUGAAUUGGUGUCUGCAGUCAUUCUAUGUUGCUUCGAAAGAGGCCAAUGUUUACUGGUGCUAUUUGCUUUCAAAAUCAUUUACAUACACCGAAGGCUUAGGAUUGUGACUGAAGCUUUUGUGUGUUUUAAUACCCGCUGUUGAACUGAUGACUGAGUUUCUAAUUAUAGUAAACAGUAUGUACAACCGUAUUAAUUAGAAGGCACAUCCUCGUUAGCUCCUUUUUCAGUGUCAGUCGUGGAAACUAAAAUAACCAAAUGCAUUAAUUUAGAUAUUAAUCAAGCCACCUUUAGUUUGCUUGUAUAGAAAAUCUCAGUAAGUAAUAGUAUUAAAGAGGGUGAAUCAAUGUAUAAAACAUGGAA